AUGCCGACGCCGCAGAUUCCCAGCUGUCCAAGCUGGGAUUGCUCGGUCCUGGGCCAGGUCUGCACGGAGGGCUCCGGCUACACCUGCUGCGCCGCGGCGAACGUCCCUGAAGACUGCUCGGGAAUGUGUUGGUUUGACAACAGCGGCCUGCCCUCCGGAGAAGUCUGCUCCGCCUCGCCAUGCUCAAAUCACUGCCAGCUCAAUACAACGAUCAUCAUCGUCAUGUCGGUGCUUGGGCUGCUGAUCGCUAUAGCGGGUAUCCUAGUUUGCUUCUACAUAGCGAGGAGGCGCAGAAGGCUCAGGCAGGUGGCACCACCCGGCUCGGCAGUGUCCCAACGCAAGGGCAGCGCCUGCGAUGUGUUCGGCAGCUACAAGCAGAAUGACGGCACAGACGGAUUGCUGUUCAACCUCUUCUACACUCUGGAGAUGAAAGGCAUCGACCUCUGGCUCGACAAGAAGCGCGGGAGCGAGCGCAGCGAGGCGGGCAUGCGGGCUGGCGUGCGGGCCUGCAAGCUGUUCUGCGCGGUCAUCUCGCCGAAAUACUUUGAGUCAGCCUUCUGCCUUUUGGAGCUACGCACGGCGCUCUCCCACAAGAAGCCGAUCGUUGUCUGCUUCAACAGCAGCAAGUUCACGGUGCAGCAGGCGAUGUCCUGGAUCCCGGAGGAGUUCAGGGGGCGGCUGCUGAGCAAUGAGGUUGUCGCGCUGCACGAGGACGACGAGUACAUGCGGGUUGGUGUGGAGAAGGUCGCGGCGCAGCUCAGUCUGAGCUCGCCCGAGCAGUCACUCAGUUAA